UUGUUGGUUUUUGCUUUGUUAGUUAAUGGAGGUUACUCUGAAUGGACAGUGUUUACCGAGUGCACAAAAACAUGUGGUACUGGCACACGAUUCCGCACACGAACAUGUGACAACCCCUCUCCAAGAUUUGGUGGGUUCGACUGUGGUGGAGAAGAUAGCCAGACAUUUAAAUGCAACAUUCUUCCUUGCCCUAGUAAGUUGACAUUUUUGCCCUGCCCACCUAAAAAAAUUAAAAUACAAAAUGUGAUUGUAUGUCUCGAGGAAAAUGGAGUUGGAUGGUAAAAGGUCUGGAGGUAAGAAGUUUUAAGAAAGGCUGUGUUUGGAAUAAAUUUAAGAUGCAAGCUGUCCCAAAUGUCUCGUUACUGCACUUAUGAGAACAAUAGAAAAUGACCUUACCAUCAUUCAUUCAGUUAUUCAUUCUUAUGCAGAUGAAUGCAUGGAGCUAUGAGCCAGUAAGCUCAAAAAAACAAAUAAAAGAUAAUUUAAAAAUUGAACCAAGUAUAAAAGUGUAUACUAACCUUGCCAAGGCCUCAGAGUGUGCUUUUAAAGACCAGAGUGAGCUGUGGUAUGGUCUUUAUUUAGACACCACCAGCUGUUAUGAUAACUUUCAAAGUUUAAGAGCCUGGAGUGUAAUAACAUUAUAUCAUUAUAUUGGGGACUAUAGAAAAAAAUUGACUAUUCCAGUGUCCAAUGCUCAAAAUUUGCCUGUCCAGCUCCUAGCCUGGGCCAUUGUCUACACUGGCGAUGUAUAAGAUUUAGUUAAGAGAUGACUUACCUGGGCCUUUGCCUAUAUAUUGAGCAAGUGCGAGCAUAAAUCAUUAGAUGCCUGACAGAAAUUAGUCAACAAGCCAACACAACCAGACAGGCUUCUGUUUUGAGCCUUGAUUACAAUGUGCAUGUGUACAAGGCAGGGUCACUGUUCAUCAAUGUCACGCAAAGUGUAAGAGAUUACUGAAAGAGUUUAUAACUAUACCCUAAAGUGAUGAUAACAAUUAUGUAAUGUCACUGGUAGUGCACAUGUAAUACCUAACUACAUGACCAUACACAGUUGAUGGUGGCUAUAGUCCUUGGUCAGACUUUGGUGAAUGUUCAGUGACUUGUGGUGAGGGUGUGCAGCAACGUGAGCGCAGAUGUGACAGUCCUCAACCAUUGUUUGGGGGCAAAAUUUGUGACGAGUUAGAACUGGGACCAAGCAUUGAAACCAAGGCCUGUGUAUUGGAUAGUUGUCCUGGUGAGAUCAUCGUGCUUGAAAUACUUUUGAUCUUUAGGGGUGAAGGUGGUUUCAUGCAGUUCUGGGGAUUUACUAAGUAAAGUUUUGUUUUCAAAGUGACAAUGACUGUUAUUAAUUGUAACGGUUGCAGUUAAUGGUGGCUAUGGCCAGUGGAGUGAGUUCAAAGAUUGCUCAGUAACUUGCGGGGAAGGAGUGCAGCAAAGAGAUCGCAAAUGUGACAAUCCUGAACCUCAGUUUGGUGGUAAGACGUGCAUUGAGCAAGAACUGGGACCUGACGUGGAGACUCAAACUUGUCAUAAGGACCCUUGCCCGAGUGAGUAGUAUAGUCAAACCUGGAUCAACCCCUUAACCCUUUAAGCCCCAAUAUCCACAUACAAAUUCUCCAAACUGAUCUCUAUAUAUUUCCUUAAAGAAUGUGUUGAGAAUUUGAUAAAAGAUCAAAGCAUUUACUCUUAGAUGAUCAUUUUAUUAACUCUCAUAACCUAAUCUCCUGACAAUCUAAGGAUAUUGUUAGGAGAAAAUUGAUGUUGGUCACCACUGGGACGUAAAGGGUUAAUAAACCCUAAUAUUCACACUUCACACUUUUCCCUAUAUAUUUCCCAUGAUACUCAUCAGAGGAAUUUGUGUCACAAUUAAGACCUUGAGAAAGACGUUUUUGAAGUUUGGUUUGUAAGAAGAAUCUGAGUUCUCCCAACAGGAGUCAAACCAGUCCUUUGAUCUUCUAGUGUCUAGUCCAAACACUCUACCACUAUGCUACAGGGGAUUCAUUGGAACUAAGGCCACUAAGUUAGGGCCAUGUGAAUCAAGAUUUUUUUCACUUGUCGGCCAUUUCUUUUUUUUUUAUUCAUACAACCCUAUGGAUAUUGUUAGGAGAAAAUUGAUGUUGGUCACCACUGGGACUUAAAGGGUUAAUAAACCCUAAUAUUCACACUUCACACUUUUCCCUAUACAUUUCCCGUGAUACUCAUCAGAGGAAUUUGUGUCACAAUUAAGACCUUGAGAAAGACGUUUUUGAAGUUUGGCUUGUAAGAAGAAUCUGAGUUCUCCCAACAGGAGUCAAACCAGUCCUUUGAUCUUCUAGUGUCUAGUCCAAACACUCUACCACUAUGCUACAGGGGAAUUCAUUGGAACUAAGGCCACUGAAUUAGGGCCAUGUGAAUCAAGAUUUUUUUCACUUGUCGGCCAUUUCUUUUUUUUCAUUCAUACAACCCUGUUUGAUUGAGCAGUGUUGCUGACUAUAAGAAGAAAGUAAGAAACAUAAGGGUCAAGUGCCACAUUCCUCCAUAUUUUCUACUGUAUUUAGCAGAAAACAAGUGUUAAGCAGACAUGAACAAGAGUUUCCUAUCAAAAUUUUUGAACGGACCCAUGCAAAUAAAAAACAAAUUUAGAAAGUCAAUGCAUUAAAAACACAGAUCAGGCAGUCAAAAGCUUGAUUUUUGAAAAUAUUUUCAGUUAGAGUUCUAACAGUUGUUAAAAUUUAAUGUAAUCUUUUCAAAAUGCAUAACCCUGGAAGCAGUGAUUUUGUUCUCUCUGCGUCCUGUGUCCUUGAUGCAUGAAAAUCCCCAAAAUAAUUCAUGGCAUGCGUCCUGUAGAAUGCAAAGAUCGAUCACUAGAUCUGAAGACGCUUUUGUAGAAUAUCCUGUUCAUAUGAUUUCUGUGGCUGUUAUUGUGGUUGUUGUUUAACGAUGCAUGUUUAUUUUAGUCUUUUUUGUGCUUUAAAUAGAAGGAUAUUUUAAUUUUGGUAAACUGUACUACGUGUAAAGACAGUGUGAAGAGUUUUGGAGUCUGUCUUCAUAUUAACUGUCUGGUUGCAUAAAGCCAAGCAUUUUCAAUUUAGAGACUUGUCAGAAAUUAGCAGGGGGGAGGGGAGGUGGAAAUAGAGGGAGGGUCACAACUUUUUGAGACUUGGAAAAGGGAGGGAUCAUGAAAAAUGGGCUGUUAAAAGAGGGCGGGUCAUGCAAAUAUAUGCCCGUGAUCAUGUAGAAGUUCACCCAUAGAAGAAAAAGGAGGUUCUUUAUUUUGUAAAGAAACCUGGGAAAAAUAGGAGCGUCUAGAGAUCAGCUGUAAGAAUCAGAGUCGGACUCUUAAUGUUGUCAUCUAAAAUGUAUGUAUAUGGCAUUACAAAGAGCAAAUUAGAAAUAUAUUUUGAGCUUUCAUAAUACUGACUCACCCUAGUGUAUUGCAAGAACUAGACUUUAUCACUUACACAAGAGGGGGAGGAUCAUGAUAUUUUAGGCCAAGGUCAAGGGGAGGGUUAGCAAAUUUCACUCCCAUUGCAGGGAUGGGUCACCUCAUUUCUGAACCCAAAUGUAGAAUUCCCACCCCCCCCUCCCCCCUGCUAAUUUCUGACAAGUCCCUUAGGAUUCAUUGUCUUUUGAACUGGGAUUUAUUGGUUCUGCACUGGGACCCAUGAUUUUUCACAAGAUGAGUUCCAGGACUCACCAUAACUAUUUGUAAGAAAAUCACUGUGGAAGCAUUGAUUAUUUCACAGUUGAUGGAGGUUACUCAGAGUGGUCAUCCUUCAGUGAGUGUACAGUAACUUGCGGGGGAGGUACUCAUGAGAGAACCAGAGAAUGCACCAACCCUGCACCUGCUAAUGGCGGAAGGGGCUGUGAAGGCCUAGGACCAGAUAAGGAGACAGAAGAAUGCCAAACUGAAGCUUGUCCUCCUGGACAAGAUCAAGGGUAAUUUAUACACAAAUUGUUGGAUGAGGUUUUUGUGAUAAUUAUCCAGAAUAAUCAAGGUUGUAGAUUGCGAGCAGUCUCUUUAUUUUUCUUUUGAGUCAAGGAAGUUAAGAGCAUGCGUGGGGGGCACCACACCAGUCUCUCCUCCCUUUACCAUUAAUUUGCAUAAUUUCACUUUUUCGCUCGCUGCGCCUGGCAACAAAGGAAAGAAGGAUGACCACUUGCGGUCUGUCAAGGUUUAUGUAAGUGUUAUCACCCAAGGCUAUUAAUACUUACCGUGUCCUUGAUUAUUCAGGGUAUCAUAAAACCUGGAUCUGUUUUAUUAUACAUUGUUUUGAAGAAAAUAAUGUCAUCAUUGCAUAACUGACUGCUCUUGGAAAUCAAUGCAUUGUGCAUGCAUUAACCUGCAGAUUAGUCAGUUCAGUCUGCUACCAGUUAACUAACUAAUCUGUUGGUUAACUGGAUUUCCAAAGUUAACUGCAGGUUCUUAGCCAAUGAGAAGACAGAUAGUGAGUAUAAUUUAUAAUAUGUAAUGUAAAGGAAUUUAGUAAUUAUCAGUGAAGGAUUAUGCAGGUCAGCUGAGGUGGAUAUAACACCAUCCAAGAUAUAUAGUAUUGUUUUAUUAUUCAUGUAACAUAUUUCCAACAUAGAAACGUGCUUACCUUGAUCAAUGUUAAGUUUCCACUUUUUGUAACAUUUCCCUUUACCUUGUGGCAGUUUCAGCAGAUGCUCUUCACAUAGCAGUUGUUAUCCUAUCCUUUGUAUAUGUUCGUGGUAUUGUUGGGGUAAUUGUUGAUGCGGGUAGUGUAAAAAAUACAAGCCACUGGCAAGCUUUUCUAAACUAUACAAUGACAAGUAUAUAAUGUAUUGAUUCUGAUAGUCCAACUGCCCGAUAACACACGUCAAUCAUAUGGACUCAAAAGAGCGUUUGUUUUAUCUUUAAGUGUUCAAUUUUUUUUGUGUGUGAUUUUUACAACAGCAAACAGGAAAACAAAGACAGCAAGAAUGACAACGAGGAAACAAAACGAGAAAACGAAAAGGAAAGUAAAGAGAAAGAGGAGGAUGAAAAGAACGAAGGAGAUAAAGAAGAGACUGAAAAGAAGGAAGAAAGCAAAAAAGAGGAUGAAAAGAAAGAGGAAAAAGAGGAAGAAAGAAAAGAGAGUGACGAGAAAAAACAGAAAGAGGAAGGACAAUGAGGACAAACAGUCGAAACAAAUAAAGCAGUGAUAAAGAAAGUGAAACCGUAUUAAUAAAUUCGUCCUAACAGGAAAUGUAAACACGCGGGGAUCCUUCGGAUUUGAGUAAUAAUUACUAUAGAAUAAUAUAAAUGUACGGUAACGUUGUAGUUUUCCUUCAAUCAUAUUACCCCUGAGUUUAUAGUGUGCUUUUAAUCAUCGUAAUAUAAACGGUGAAAAAGGUCAGGUUUUUGGAAUUAAAGCAAAGGCAAAGAGCAAGGGCCAGUUCUUUGAAGAAGACAAG